CCGCUCGUGUCAGGAGCAGCGCUGGGCACGGAAGGGCAGAUAACGGUGUACUGUGCCUCGCCCACGGCGCCGUGCUACCGCUGCCUCUUCCCCUCGCCGCCUCCCACCUCCGCCUGCCAGCGCUGCUCCGAUAGCGGCGUGCUGGGCGCAGUGCCGGGGGUGAUAGGCGUGUUGCAGGCAGUGGAGGCGGUGAAGGUGGUGGCGGGCGUGGGGUCGCCCCUGUCAGCGCGCAUGCUCGUCUACGACGCCCUCGCCGCCUCCUUCCUCAACGUGAAGCUGCGCAGCAGGGCGCCAUCGUGUGUGGCGUGUGGGGAGGGCGCCAGCAUGACGGCACACAGCAUCAGCGCCUUCGACUACCAGGCCUUCACCUCCUCGCCCUUCCACGACCAGGGCCCCAAGUCCCUCUCUCUCAUCCCUCCCAGCCAACGAGUGCCGCCCGCCACUCUCCUCGCCGCCCGGCAGCAGCGCCGCCCACACGUGCUGCUGGACGUGCGGCCGCCCCACCUCUUCUCCAUCGCCCACCUGCCCGGCGCCAUCAACACGCCCCUCGCCACUCUGCCGGCCGCCCUGGACGAGAUCAAAUCAGCCGCCCGGGCAGCUGCCACGUCAGCAUCGUCCACAUCAUCACAGCAGGCACCUGCAGCGCCCGGUGAGCAGGCGGCAGCGGCAGAGGAGCAGCAAGGAGCUGGGCGUGGGGGGGAGGGAGGGGUAGGGGCGGAGGCGGCGGUGUUUGUGGUGUGCCGGCGGGGCAACGACUCACAGAGGGGGGUGGGAGUGCUGAGGGAGGCGGGUGUGGGGUCGGCUGUGAGUGUGGACGGUGGCAUGCUCGCUUGGGGGGCUCACAUCGACCCCUCCUUCCCCACCGUCUGA